CUUUUUGUCAAUGUCUUGUCAAAUUCGAAAUACAAAAACAAAUUAGAAAAAGUAAUUUAUAAAUUAUUAACAACUACUAACAAAACUGUAAAUUUUGGAAAACCAGUUCAGUUAUAAAUUAAUAAAAAAAUGGCGAACGACACUCCAGAAAGCGAUUUCUCAAUAGAAUGCUUCCAAAACUACUCGGCUCCAGAGGUGUUUGUCCAGGGUCUGGCUGGAAUGGUAGACCAAACCGACGUUGAAGUGAUCAUCCGCGCGCAGAAAACUAUGCUGCAAAGGUUUGAGAAGACAACAGAAAUGCUAACCAAUUGCAACCAGCUGUCAGCUAGCAGACUCCGAGCAGCUUCUGUGGAGUUCAAGAAGCACACACUACUGCUGCUGGACAUGAAGAAAGACCUGGAGUUCAUAUUCAAGAAGAUCAGAGCUAUUAAGACUAAGUUGAGCACACAAUAUCCAGAAGCAUACAAGAUGGCGGUAGCAGAAGCAGUGACAGCCACAAAACCUAUAGAAGAAGAGGAUGAAUUUUCAUCAGAAACCAAAAUAGAAUCAAAAAUGGUUGCAACAGUGUCCACUGAAACUUUAAAACCCACAACCAGUGAUGAGAGAAAACCAAAAAAGAAAUCAGAUAAAAUGGAUGCAGAAUUAAAAUCUAAAGAGGAAUCUAAAUGUGGGAGGAAAAUCAAAAGCAGUAGUUCUUCGGAAACAGAGAGCGCCAGUUCGGGUGAUGAAAGCAGCACAGACACAGGUUGAAAAUGGACAAAGAUAGUUUUAGUUGGAAAAUGAAUUUUUGUUUAUGAAAUUGCAGAUUAUGUUAAACGCAAAGUUGUGUCCUAAUAUCUUAGUAUUCUAAAGCUGCAUUCCCACUUUAUCAUAACAAUUAAUUGGUCAUUGGAAGCUCUCCAACUCUACCCUAGCUAAAACAGUUUACACAUUUUUCAACACAAAGUUGAAAAUGUAUCCUUGGACCAAAGUCUUUAUCUGGAAAUAUAUAAAUAAGCACAAAAUUAAGAAGCCUUGUUUUCAGUUAUUUUAAUUUUAUGUAAUUUUUUUAGUUUUAAGACUUAAAAAAAAAUAAUCCAAAAUGAUUGUUAUCAUUAAUUUUAAAUAUGAUACCUGUAAAUCUCAAAAUUAAAUUAAACAAUAUUGUCAUUAUCUAUUUAUUAUAUUCUUUUUAAAAGUUUUUAAUUACAAUUAAGGCCACAAAAAUAUUAUUAAGAUUGCUUUUAACAAUAAAACAUACAUAAUAAUUUACUUAACUACUA